CGGAGGGGGGCGCUGGCGGCGGGACUCGCCGCCCCCCGCGCGGCAGCGGCAGCGGCAGCGCCGCAAGGGUUAAGCGGGGCCGGCGGGCACAUGACAGCGCGGGCACGGCCCGGGCUGCGCGGGAGUGGCGCUGCCGCCGCCAGGAAACCUUGGUUACGGACACAAGUGCAAGUCCAUUGGAAAAGGCAGCUACAACAAUGCAAUAGUCGCCAGCAUUCCCAUGACAGUUCAACAGCUGGGACCUCUUCCAUCUUCUGCUCAUCAGGUUUCAACAGCAUGCAGCCAGAUCAGCCCUAGCUUGCAGAGGUCUAUGGAUGCUUCCAGCCUGAGUGCUUCUAUGUCAGAUACAAGGUUGCUCUUGUCACAUGACUCUCUGACAUCUACAACAUUAAGCUUCUCAGAAGGUCAGUCCACCCUGGGUGUUAAACAAGAGUGGUCACAUGGAUACAGGACACUUCCUUCUGUUCCUAGCGACCAUGGCUUACAAAAUGGUAGUGAGCUGGGGGAUCUAGUAAAUUUUUCAUCUGAAAUAUAUAUGUCCAGUAACUGCAUCCCUAACUCAUUACUGUCCUACUUAUAUGGCAUGGAAAAUAAGCAUUCCUCUUACUCUAGUCCUCACCAUUCCUCAGCACCAUCUCAGUCAGUCCGCUCCAAAAAGAGGGCACUCUCUGUAUCUCCUCUGUCUGACAGCAUCGGGAUUGAUUUCAAUACAAUCAUCCGUACAUCCCCAACCUCUCUUGUGGCCUACAUCAACAGCUCCAGAAUAUUGCCAGCAAACAUCUCACCCCAACCUGAGGUCUAUGGGCAUUUUCUGGGAGUGAGAGGAAGCCGCAUACCCCAAAACUGCUCCAUUCCAACUGCACAGAAAGGCCUCCUCAUGGCGAAUGGCAAUGUCACCUUCCCAGGGUAUGCUGAGAAUGGGGCCAGUGAGUACCAGCGAAUGCAGCAGCUGGAGCAAGCCAGCUUGCAGAUGGCUGCCACAGGUAACAUGAUGAUCCAGCAGGGCAUGCUGCCCAUGGACAACCAGGCAGUGGGAAUCCUGAAAAAUGAACGGCUGGAUGACUUCUCAGGGGCUAUGGUGGACAUGCCUCCUCCACCCCUGCUGCCACCACCGCCUCCUCCGCAAGGGCCACCUCCACCAUACCAUGCACAUCAGCACCAGCAUCCACACAGCCUGCCCAGCCAUGUUCACCCACUGCAUGUGCCUCCUCCUGCCCCAGGCUCCCUGCUGGAUGAAGAGGGUGAGCUAGAAGAUUUCAGCAGCAAGCAUGGCUGUCGCUGGGUUGACUGUGGUAAACUGUAUGACCAGCAAGAGGAACUUGUGCGGCACAUAGAGAAGAUUCACAUAGACCAGAGGAAGGGAGAGGACUUCACUUGCUUCUGGGCAGGGUGCCCUCGAAGGUACAAGCCAUUUAAUGCCCGUUAUAAACUGCUGAUUCACAUGAGAGUCCAUUCAGGAGAGAAGCCGAACAAAUGCACGUUUGAGGGUUGCAAGAAAGCCUUUUCCAGACUAGAAAAUCUCAAGAUUCACUUCAGGAGCCAUACAGGUGAGAAGCCGUACCUUUGCCAGCACGCUGGCUGCCAGAAAGCAUUCAGCAACUCCAGUGACCGCGCCAAGCACCAGAGGACACACUUGGAGAGUAAACCUUAUAUGUGUCAGAUUCCAGGAUGUACUAAGCGAUACACAGAUCCGAGUUCCCUGAGAAAGCAUGUGAAAGCCCAUUCUUCUAAAGAUCAACAAGUCAGGAAAAAGUUGCGAUCAAGCUCAGAGCUUGGCCAGGACAUCUUGAAUAACUGCCUUGCAAUCCAGACCAUCCAGCCAGCCCUGUCACCACAUGACACUGCAGAUAAUUCCAUGGAAUACUCUCCAGGGCCUGUUCAUAAUAUUUACCCAGCAGCCCUGAUCGCCAGCACACAGACCAGUCAAAGUGCUACAGCAACUGGGACAGUGUCCUUGUCCCACCCCAGCAGCCACCACUCCCCAGGACAUAAUGCACAGGGUAGUCCUCUCCAUCCUCCCCCUCAGCUACCUCUUCUCUCAGCUGUGGUGUCAGAGAGAUUUGUUGCUCCGGCUCUUUCUCCUCACCACAUCAGCCACCAGAGAAUGUCUGUUCCACAUCCCCUGUUGCAGAGACAGACUUCACAACCUCCCCAGCUUCAACAGCCUGCAGGAUUGCCUCCACAGCCACACCAGGCAGCAGAAAGCCCUUCUUUUCAACCAAAUACCCUCCACAUCAAGGAUUUUUAUGGGCAGCUUCAGACUUUCUGCCCUCCACACCAUGCUGACACUCAGAAGAACAUACAAAAUGGUGUUUCUUGCAAUAUGGUUCCUCCUUUUGAAGACUGCUUAUCUCCCACAUCAACAGGCCAGGCAGGGCUUGGCAUUUUCCAUCGAACUUUUUCAGGUCAUUCUGGUAUCACAGUGUAUGACUUUCCAGCAGGGUCCAUAGGUAUCUUUGGUGAUUCAGCUUGUAGCAUGCCAGAGGACAGCGGUUUCCUACAAGUAAACGCAGUGGAUCGUCCUUCUAGCCAGCUUUCCUCCGUAUAUACUGAAGGCUAAAGUAAUGUAAAUCUAGUUACAAGAACUUCAUUCCAUUUCAUCUUGCCCUUCUUGUAUUUUUCCACAAAAUAUUUCUCUUCAUGAAACUGGCAUGUAUGUAUGGGGAUAUGACUGGAUAUACAUACAUAAUGGAGAGGAAAAAAGCAAUCACUGAGCAUUCUUCAUUUAAUCACGCGCCAACUGAGAAGGGGAAUGUUUGGAGAAAGCGAGCUUUGCCAAAACCUUAGCAAUAUUUCUUUUCUUCUCAUCUGUGGCACAGCAACUCUAUUUUUUUAUUAUUUCUUCUUUUUAAUUUCUCAAAGGGAAUUCAGAGACCAAAUAAGAAAACUGCUUGUUAGCUGCAAUCCUUUCAAGUUGAAUGGGUACACUUACUGAAGAACAAAGCUUUAGAAAAUUCCUUUUUCACAAGAGGAAAAGAAGUAAAACUAGAGCAUACUACAAACCAUUUCAAAGGCAUACAGCUUUUUGCACAAUCUGUUUGCAUGUGAUGCUUCCGACCUUAAACACACACAAGUAUCCAGAAGGGAGAGAAAUUAGACGUAUAAUUUGGUACUACCCAUUGGAGGUGCCCCUGGUGGUCUAGUGGUAAAGGCGCGGUGCUAUCACCGCGGAGACCCGGGUUCGAUUCCCGGUCAGGGCCACUCCCGGGCAGGUGGGGCUCGUUAGCCCUUAAAGGCAACCCACCUACGUCCUAAGGACCUCACUGCCACCGUCCAAGCUCGCUUGGCCCCGGCAGAUGAACCUUAGGAUUAAAGGGUGGGCUCAGUUCCGCGCACACUGUGUCUCACCUAAAAAAUCCAAUGCGCAGGCUGGAAGGUGUAAAGACCUUCCCCGGAUCUUCAUUCGUAAAGACUGGCCAUUAUUAUUAUUGGAGGUACUGGUGUGGCUUCUUUUUGGACUCAAAGAUCAUUGGUACUGGAUUUCUUACAGACCUUGGGUUAUGUGUCUCUUCCUUCCCUCUGUAUUUUUAGCCAUACAAUAUGGCUAUUGCUAUUUUUCCAAUAUUCAUUCCAACCCAAUGCUUUAAGUGUGAAUAAGAAGGGUUAAACACAUGAGAAUUUACAUAGGCUUUGUCUGUGUUUAGCACAGAUGCCAGAUAAGAAUAAGUACAUUUUAACUCUCUGUUGCUUUUUAAUUACAUUGUAGAACUUUAUUGCUGUACUGUGCUAAUACUGUGCUAUAGUUUUCUUUAGGGAGGUUUAAAACACUGUGUAGGAAAGAUUCCUCCUUAAAUUCCACAGAUUUUUUUUAAAAAACAAUUUGUAUUGAUUCAAUUAAAUUUUUGUUGCCCUAAUAUUUUCUAGAACAUAUUUUCAGAAAGAGCUACUCUUAAUUGUGCUGUGUUCCCUCUGGUUACUUAGAGGUAAAACUGAACUGGUUUGAUGGGUUUGAUCUUUCUACUCAAUGUCAGCUCUAGUCUUUGAAUUUAGUCCAGGAUACAAGCAAAUGUGGUUGCUCUUCAUGAAAGAUACAAGAUUAUCAGUUAAAGUCAGUAUUUCACAGUGAAGACAUGCCAUCACUGUGAUCCUGUAUGCCUUGGAAGCAACUGUCACAUUAUGCAGGAUUGAAUUUUUAGGUGAUUAAUCCUUGUUCAUCCCUUUUGUGGACUUCUUAACUAUGUUAAUGUGCAUCUUAACAUUUUCAUGAUCUGAAAUAGUAAGGACAGGACAGAAAUUUAGUUUGUUCUUACAGGCUAGACCACAACUACGCUUCUGAAAUCACUCUUCUGCAAAGAUGAACAUAAAAAAAAUUGUUUAUACAAAUUCUUUUUGAGUUUUUCAGUGCAGUUGGCUCAAAUUUGUAAUUUAAUUUGUCAUUAUGUUGAAUAGGUGAAUUUAUGUUCAGAUGUUUAUUAACACUGGCAAUCUUUUGAGGUUUUUAUUCAUGAAGUAUAUUCUUACGUGCAGACGUAUGUGCAUAAAUGUUUAAUGGAGAGAUUUUCAUCCAAUAAAUAUGUAGAAUAUAUGGACAAAGCAUGCAGAUAAAUGAAGUACAAUAAGAAGUAGUAUGACUAAAAUACAGAUAAUUCUGCGCUAAGUUCUUCCCCCUUUUAUUCUGCUUCUCAUAUCACAAGUGAAGUCGUUGUUCUGCUCCAGCUUGCAGUAACAGGACCAGAUGUUACAAUAUGUGGCUUGCAAAUGACAUCAGGCAUCCCUUACAGCUGUACAUGCACAGUCCUUUUGCAUUAGUGUAUGAUCUGGCCCAGUGCAUUGACCACGAGUUUCACUUUUUAAUUAAGCUUUAAUUUUGUCCUAUCUUAAAGCCCAUUAUGCAUUCACUGCACAAGCAUAACUUGAUUCAGCAGAAAUAACUAGUCACACUGAACACUUCAAUUUCAAAUGUGUGGGACUGUGUUUUGUUCCACUGAAGUCAGCCAGAGCAGGAUCAGGCUCAGUGUGGAAGUACAUGUGUAUAUACCUAUGUACAUACAUACUUUGUAUGUAUAAAUCCCUCAAGGUUCUUUUAACCACGUGGUUAUCCAGUGUUUGUCCAUUGCUGUGCACAGAACUGAAAUAUUGUUGCUGUCUUCAGAUCUGUACUACCCUGACUUUUAAAUAUUUUGAAAUAUUUUUCUAGUAUCUGAAUGUACAAGCUGUUCAGUAGAGCAGAGGGUUUUACAUUUUGAAACCUCCUGACCAAAGGAAAAGUGGGGGUACAGAAUUCAAAAAAGAUAUUCAUAAUUUGGGGCUUCAUUACAUUUAAAAAUUUUUACAAGUCAUUAAUUUGUUAUUUCUCAUAUAUAUAUAUAUAUAUAUAUAUAUAUAUAUUCACAGCUUUCCAUGAGCCUUAAUACUAAAAAGAAGGAGUUAAGGUACAGUUACAUCAAGCACAUGAGAGUGGGUUACCAGACUGUAAAAAGGUAUGCCUUUGUUUACUUCUCUUUCAGAGAUAGAGAGGAUUCUUCACAAUUAUUUCAUUAUUCUCUUUGAAAUUGGACUGAUUUCAGGGCAUCAACUUAAUCACUGAGGGCAAUUGUAUAAAAAAGAAUUAUUUUAUCUCAAGUAUUUAAGAUAUUUAAUUAGGGAAUUGUGUUUGUCACAUGUUACAAUGAAAAAGGUGCUUGAGAGAAUACAUAAAGUAAUGCCAGUUACUGAGUUAUCUUCCAAUACUUGUGCCUUAGUGAUUUUUAUGUUGUUAUUUUACUUGCUGGAUUGUUAAUUAUCUAAAGGGAUUCAUGUCGAGAAAAUGAAGUUAUUUUAGACUAUGGACAUGAAAAAAUAUUCAAAUGAAAUUAUUUACAGUCAUUCUUUUAUACAAUUCACUUGUUUUCAGACUCAAUGAUCUAUUUAUAUCUUUAUUAGAAAUGGGUCUACACUGGAGUUCAAAAUACAGUCUCAAAGUGCAUAUGUACAUGUGGGAGUAUAUGAGAGUGUACGUGUUUAUUUGGAUCUCCCUUUCUAUGUAUAUAUACACACAAGCACACAAGCAUUAUGGUGUAAUAAUACCAGGUGCUGAAGUACUGAAGUGCUAAAACCAUCUGCCAAUCUGUCACAUUGUAUUUUGUUUUCAGCUUUCUUUGAAGAGGUGUGAAUGAGUAUAAAAAUUACAUUUUAGCUGUUUGUUCCCUGUUUUCCCUGUGUAAUUUUAUAGUAGAGUUUUUUAAACAGCACUUUUUUGUUCUUUGUAUGGAAUUUUGUUGUUGGUUAGUUUUGUUGGUUUGGGGUUUUUUUUAAUAUAUAUUUUCUAGAAGCAGGUAAAGCAAAAGAGAAAUACCAUUUAAAAUUAGCUGAGGGGGGUUAUAUUUAAGAAAAAAAAAUUUUUUUGCUCUGUACAAAAAGCAGCAUCUUGUGUAAUAUUUUUUUACACAAAGCACUUUGGUAAGGAGAGAAAGUGGGAUUAUGUUUUUCCUAAACCUUACAGAGUAAUCUACAUAUUUAUACACACUUACAUAUACACAUAUGUUCUUAAUCUACUAUACUGUAUAUCUGGCUGAUAGUUGUUCUAAAGAAAUACCUGUUGCAUAUCAUGGAAAAAAAAAUCAAAAUAAUUAGUUACACUUCUUGCUGCACUAGUAUGUAUAAUUUUGUGAUUUUUUUUUUUUACAGUUACUUUUCAUACAAUCAUAAGUUAUUUUUGUCCUGUUUGAUAAAGUUCUGUUUUAUGUAAAAGGUAAAGUGAAAUGUGUAUAUGGAUGGUACAAAAUAAAACUUGAAAACUGUAACUCCAUUAUGUUACCUGUAGAACAUCUUAUUGUUAGAUGCCUUUAAAGAAGACUGCUCCAGCCAUUGUCCUUCCCCAUAAAACUACUAGUGUUUGCAUAGAUUAUACAAACACUACUAGUGUUUGUAUAAUUAGAAAUAGAAACAGGGGAAAAGAAACCCUCAGAAAUUUCUUCUAAAAAAAUCUUGGGUUAGAUUUUUAAGUCUGGAUUUAUUACUGUUACAGUGAGGUUAGAGAUAGAGAUAGAGAUAGAUAGAAAUAGAGAUAAAUGAAUGCCUCGGUGUUUGUGCCCUGGGUGGAAACACAAAUAAAAGAAGAAAAUUUAAUUACAUUUUUGUGUUCUGAUCAUUUUUUAUUUUUAAUUGUUUUCUUUGUUCGU